AUGGAAGACGACUGGAGCGAUUCAAGUUACAAUCCGCAAAGACUACCGAGGGCAACUUGGCGACCACAGCUUGCGGACCUGGACAGGCCCAACAGGUGGAUCGACACCGACCCAGACGUCGUAGGCAUCGGGAAUGACCGGCAGGUGAUCCACACAGCGGCUACUCCGCGUCCCAGAAAAGCGCGCCACCGGAUUCGAUCGCCCAACACAGUCUAUCUUGACGAGGCGUACCAGUCUGACGACCGCACCAAUGUCGUCAACUGGCGUCGGCCAAGAGAUUCGGCGCCGACGGAUAGUCACUCCGUUCGUACCCGACGCCUGUCGUUGGAGGAAGAGUACCAAACUGCCUGCAACCCCGAUCAGCCGGUCAACCUUCAUGUGCGGCUCCAACUGCCUAUCACUCUGGACCUCGACGAGGAGCUGGGCGAACUGGCGCGGCUCAGGCGGGUGGGUGACUUUAGAGCGGCAAAGAUGUUCUUCAGCGGGAGCACGUUGGCGGAGCACAUGGGCCACCCGUACGUGUUCGUUCAGUAUGCAGACCUCCUCCUGGCCAUGGAAGAUUACAAGGCCCUCAAGUCACUACAGCCUCCGCCAGGCUUUGGCGCCAGCAUAGAGGAGGACGGGAUCCGACGGGCUCGGCGGGAACAGGGGUUGAACACGGAUAAUUGUUUCAGCUGGUGGCGGGAUUCGGAUCCCUGGGAUGAGGAGAGCUUUCUACUUUGGAAUUGGAGGCUCAUCAGAGCUCUUGUGCUGAUCCACGUAGAGGAUUGCGUCUCGGCAGCUUCACGAGCUCUGCGUAGAGUAUUUUCGUACCUUCACUUUGGAGAUGCUUUGGGGUCGACAGAGGUGCAGAUUAUAGUCUUGUGUUUCAAGCUGUAUUUCAGUGUACUCAAGUCUCCCGCCCAUCAAAUUGGCCUGGAUUUACUGCGCACAAAACUCUUGGAAUGGGUGAAUUGGCAAUCCCUUUUCCAGAGUUUAUCAAGACAGAACCGACACUGGGACUGCUGCGACCUCAAGGCGGUUGACGCCAUAGCAUUCGGCUACAGACAAGAAUGGAACUGGCAACGAAACUUCCCGGGCAGCGACAGGUUCGACUUUGACUUUACCGGGCCCUGGGAGCAGCUCGGCCAAGACGAGUCCAGCCUGCUGGCAUGUCUCGACCAAACAACAUCCAUCGCCUUGGCGCUCUUCACCGCCAAGCCCCACGCCAUCCCGCACACCAAGCGGUCGUCAGACAUGGUGUCGCUGAUGGACAGCGCCGCCGAGCUGCUCAAGUGCCACUACCCUGCUGCCAUGAGGAGCCGGCCUUUCGUCCGGUGGCUGAUCCUGUCGUCCCAGGCCGCGGGGGAAAAGUCGGGCGACAUAAACAGCCUCGAGCAAAGGAAGUCCUGGUGGGGAAUAUUCCACAAUUUGACCCUAAGCCCCGGGUUUUUGCUAAUGGGCGCGAGGGUCGGCAUUAGCCUUCCCAUCUACGUCCCACGUGGCUGCGAAUCUCCAAAAUGGGAAACCUUGGAGCACCCGCCGCUGGUCAGCCAGGCGCUGCACCUUGCCCUGAACCUCGCCAGGGACAUGGACGACUACCCCACGCAGGUCAUCUGCUACAAGCUGCUCGCCCUCCGAUCCAAAGAGCCCCGACCGCUGCUGGAAAGCCUGUGCCGGCUGCAGGAAGCACACGGGGACCGCGUCGGGUACCUGAAGACGCUGCUGUCGAGCUACAUAGGCCUGGACGACGUGCGAGCCGAAAAGCGGCUGCUCGACAGGCUGACCGAUUUCCGGGACGCCCCCACCGUCGACGCGUACAAUCGCGCCGACAUCGAGGUGCACUGGGCCCACGACGUGAUUAAGCGCGCGCUGAGGCACAGGAUCGACGGCCGCCACAAUCAGGACAUGCUGGGUUGGUUGCACGCAGAUUACGUCUUGCUUCUGCCCAAGAACGCGGCCGAUUUUGCGGACGAGAUUCGUGCUGAGAGGGAUUCCCUGAUGCAGCACACGCCUGGCCAGCAUCGCCGUUCCUUCGCUCCUCGUCCUUAUUCUCCUCCCCCUGCUCCCAUGGAUGACACGAGUCUUGAAAGGAACACCUCUUCCCGACUUCAAAUCGAGCGUCAUCGGCGGGAGACGCAUGUUGCCAACGGCGGCGCGUCUUCUGGGGAGACCUUGUCGGAGAAGAAGGAAAGAUGGAGCAGGCAGUUGGCUCGGCUCAGGGCCACCAAGGAGCAAGAGAUGUUCGGGGCGGCGACGCCGAAAAAGGAAAACGACAACCCCUCGUCCAGCGACAGGCAAUCUCCCCGCAGCAUCACAUCACCAGACGACUCGGCUGACGAGGGCCCGGACGAUGAUGCGGCAAAAGAGCGUCAGGUCAUCUUGUGGAAAGGGGACUACAGAAAUCACGAGCAGUGGCUUGCGCUCAACAGAGCCGAGCUAGAUCCAGCGGAAUACUAUCGCAAAUGGGCGGCUGGGCGGAACCCGGAUGCCGCGCCGGAAACGUGGGGUUUGGAGCGCCGAUUGGGACGAGAGCGGGAGCGCCGUAACGAGGAAGGGGAGCCACGAUCGGACGAGGCCGGGGACGAGCUCUCGUCCAUAGAUUGGACCAGCCAUGAUAAUCGUCCAGACGAACGGGCCGGUCCCGAUGAAUGGGAUCACAGGUGGAAAAAUGACCAGGAUUCGCGGCCACGCAACAAUCCCGAGAGCAACGACCACACGGACGCUCCCAAGAUCCCACACGUCAGCGUCGCACAGGAUUCUCCAGCAAUCACUCGCGGGGAAUUCACCGCAGAGCCAGCUGAGAUGGUGGUGGCGGCAGAAAGGGCUCCUUCGCCUUCGAAACGGCCCACGCCUCCUCGCCACGGGGAGCCACGACAGGCUUUGAAGCACCAGCCUGGCAAUCCCACGGCUGGCUCGGGAAUUCAACGCCGCAGCGCCCCAUCCAACGUCUCUGGCACGAGAUCUAGAAGCGCCCGAGUCGACUCCGGCUCGGACCUGGACGAGCUGCCGACGGUACGAAGGAGCCAAGACCACUAUCCUUACGUCUUCUCACCCCAUACUCUCCCGGGCAGCCUCCCCAACAAUCCCAGACGACACAGCUCGUACCUGGAACAAGACGCAGUCAGCAACGUCACGGACCCCACGCACAAGCGACAGUACGCAAGCUCAAGGGCCGUGCGCUGGGAGGACCACGAGCGGCGGAGGCAGAACGACCGCAUCGGGAACAGGGCGCCGUCGGUCGCGGCAUCCGAGGGGCCGCCCCGCACCGCCUUUGUAGAUUCUUCGGCGUCGCCGAUUGCAUCUUCGAGCAGGCAGUGCAACGGGGAGCCAGGCCGCCCGUGGCCGAUCGUCAUAUCGUUGCCAGGACCGAAGCCUCGCCGCGGGAGACCGAGCGUCACGAUUGCCGAUCCGCCGGUGGGGUCCGGCGCCGCGGUUGACCGAAGGCCCUCGCCGCCCGGUAUACAGCUGGAAGUGUGGGGCGAUAAAGUGAACAUAAUCGAGGAAAGACGGUAG